CCUUCUUGUGUUUUGUUAACCUUGUACUUGGUGCACAGCGCACCCGUUUCAUGCCAGUUCUGUUCAUAUACGCACUUGUUUAUGGUGUCUAGGGGCUAGUCUGUUUAAAAUUUCCUAUCGCCUGUACACUGCCGAUGGAAGGACGCGAGUUGCGAACUCUACCAGCUUUUCCCCUCUAAAGAUCCAGCCUCGGAUCUCGCGGAAAAAAAAAAUUUCGAGGAUGUUUUAGUUCGAACAAGUUAAGGAUGUCUUGGUAUAUGCAAUGGUCGGACAGCAUAAAGAAGAGGGCCUGCCGUUACCUGUUGCAGAGGUACGUCGGGCAGUUCCUUGAAGAGAAACUGACACUCGACAAGUUGUCAGUUAACAUUUGCUCUGGUACUGGAUCUGUUUCCAACGUCAGUCUUGACGCACAGGCCUUAAAUGAACAUGGAGCGCAGAAAAAUUUCCCAGUCGAAUUCGUGGACGGAUUUAUUAAAGAAAUUGCAGUAUCAAUACCUUGGGCAACACUACUUACUGAUUCCAUCUAUGUGGAAGUCACUGGAAUGCACAUUACGAUCCAGCCAAAACAGAGGCCUGAUGAUGCUGGCUCUAUGCUUGAAUCAAUGUGGAGUUCCAUGGCAAGCAGCAUACAGCUAGCAGCAGAAUGCUUAAAACAAGACAGUAAUUCAACUGAUGAAAAAGAACCAGAAAGCGAGAAUAUGAUGGAAGGACUUGAAAUCUUUGCUCAUGCUAUUGAAUCUAUUCUGACUCGUGUCAAAGUUAAAUUUAUUGAUACAUGCAUUAGACUGGAACACUUGCCAAAAGAGGGAAAGAAUGGAAUUGCAGUAGAAAUUAAGUUGAAAAGUGUUGAAUAUUGUGAUGAAACAAGCUGUGAAUGGGGUGCAGGAGCGAGCAGUUGUCCCGAAAAUGCUCAAAAGUCUCCAUCAUCAUUUUCUAUUAAAAAGUUCCAUUGCGAUGGAAUCACAUUUUACACAGAUGAGUUUCCUGUCGAAAAUCGGACAUUUUCUCGGUCUAUUAUAAUUGAAGAUGAGAAGAUAAAUAAAAGCAGUGAUAAAAUUAAAGUUACCUCAGAACCAAUUUUAAUAGGCAUGCUCUCUGGUUCUGGAGUAGUGAGGGUGAAAUUGAAACUUGAUCCUACUUCACACGAUCCAAAAGUGGACUUAGAAUUUACACUAGGCUCUUUCACGUUUUUCUUGUCACCUCGCCAGUUGUAUUUACUCGUUGAAAUUGUACAGAGUUUAGUUUCACCACACAACCAAGAUACAAGCAAUGUCAUAUCCGUAAAAGCGGUCACUCAAAAAGUUAUGAGUUCACACGACUUCAAAAAAGUGGAGCAAGAUUUACAAGAGACGUUGAACUUUCCUGCUUACCAUUAUCCAGUGGUCAAAGGGAAUCAUGGAAAAGGCUGGUCUUCUGCAUCAUUUGAUGAGGGAGAUGAGGAAUUUCAUCCAAUGAAGUUGACCAAUUUAAUGAGUGGGAGUGUCACAUCAAAUGCAACUGAUACAUCAUUUGGCUCACAUGCUUCUACCUAUACUAGCAAACCUGAAGGAUCACAUCUCUCUUACGAUUUUCCUUCGCUGACAAACACUCCAUUUAAAAAAAAGUUGGAUAGAGGAUCUCUAUAUGACUCAGAUGUUGUUGAAGAAACGAGUGCUUUCCAUUUGCAACUUUCCAGCAUUGCCGCUGUUAUUUUACAUGAAGAUAUAUUAACAUUUGGUUUGGAUUCGUGCGAACUGACUCCUUCUUCGGUUUCAACAAUGAAAAAUUUAUCAACCCAGUUCUUCACUCAAUUGGGAAAAUUCGUCCUAGCUGGAAAUAAAGAUUUUGAAGCUUUUAAACAAGCUUUAUCAAACACAUGUAGCCUAAAUCAUAUCAGGCUUUUGGGUACAACAAUAAUCGUGGAAGCCAAUGAUGCUGGUAAUUCUUCGCACAGUUCAUUCAGUUCUGUGGUUUCUGCUGCUAAUUUAGAAAUUCUAGAAUGCCUAGUAGAAAAUAUUUCUACAUCUGAUGGGAAACCACAGUUCGUAGAGCUUCUAAACUUUAUGAAAACAUCAAAUUGUGAUCGCAGUAUCAGACCCCAUUUUCCAAUCUCUAAUCAGCCUGAUGUCCGUGUACAUAUUCAUUAUACAAAAAGGAAUCAUCAUUCAAGGCGUAGUUCAAGAUUAGAGAUGUUGAUUAAUUUGGAGCAAUGUUGGAGUGAAGUUGACCUCUCAAUAUUGGAUAGAAUUUCCACAGUCAUUAAUACACAAUCCCUUUGUCACAUAAAAUCCACUCCAAAAGAUUUAGAUCAACAGUCAUCAUUUACACAAGCAUUAGAGAGUGGAGCUUUAUGUGACAAAUCAUUUUAUUUGAAGGUUCAGUCACCGUUUCUAGUGAUUAAAUUUAGGUUUCCUAUACCAGAUUUAAGACCAGACCAUGAAAAGGGGAAAUUUCCUUGGUGGCAGCGGUCAAUAAGAAAAGAUAUCUUAUAUGCAAACCUUGUUGAAACGACAUUUCACACAGAUCAGAGUACAAAAAUCCCAAUGCAAGAGUACCAUCUCGCUUCUAAAGAAGUUACUUUCCUCUUCAAGGAAGGAAAUACUGACUGUGCGAUUCCUUUCCUUCACUCCUCAGGUCUUUUCUCUAAUACACAAGAAAACACCACUGCUGAGCCUUGUCCAAGACUGAAAAUCAGACUACUUCCUUUGCAACCGUUGACUGACGAAGAAGUGGUGCAUGAAAAAGAGGAUAAUUUAGGCUUAUCAUGCUCAACUAUUAUGUGUAAUACAGAUAAAGAACCAUCUCCUUUUAUGUCAAAGAAAGUCGUACAUGAAAGUGAUACUCAUCAUCAUUCUGUUAGCAAGGGAGAAGAGCUUUUGAUUCCUGGCUUAGCAAAAGAUAUGAAUAAAUUCAUAACACAUGCAUGUGAAGAUGCAAAGAUCCAUAUAGAUAUUACUCUACCCUAUCUCUGUAUUGAAUUUCCAUCAAAACAUUUGUACGAAAUAAUCUAUAACAGAAUAACUUCAGAUCUCACUCUUUUACAAUUUACUGCACCCAAACACAGAAAGGAUCUAAGUGGCAUUGAUCCAACUUUUUGCAAUAGUUCAUUUUCAAUGUGUAAAUCAGGGCUUCAAUUCGACUCUGAUUCUGACGAAAGUGACGAUUUAAACUUCAAAAGUGCACAUAGAAGUGACUUUUCUCAAUAUUCUAUCCAAUAUCCUCAAAGCAAUUUUGCCCUUAAUAUUAACGUUACAAAAGGAGUUUUAGAUGUCUGUCAAAUUUUGAAGGAUAGCAGCAGUAGUCUUACGCCUGACAAGUAUGGAGAAAUCUAUUUUGACGUUAGCGAAGGCAGUGUUUUUGUUGUCACACAUUAUAGAGGGAAACCCCAGCAAAAUUAUAUUUGCCUUCAAGUGAAGGGUAUGCAGGUUUAUCACAAAGCUGAAAUGGAAGGCAAUAUGAGUGCCAAACGGAAAAAACUUCACAAUUUGAAAUCACCACCGUCACAUUUAGAUCCAAUACUUAUAAAAAGUAAUCGUGAAGUUAUCGUAACAUCGUUGAACCCUGAAGGUUGUAAUAGUAAUAUGUUCGUAGCUGCAAUUAGUACACAAAUAAAUGAAAGGAGAAUGAAAACGACCAGGAUAGCUUGCAGUAUAAACAAAGCGACAUUAAGGCACCACGUAACACUUCCUCGUCAUUCGUGGUUAACCCAGUUUAUUGAUUUUUUCGAUGUUGUUGAUUAUCCAGUUAAAGGUUAUGAUUCGCCUCAAGUUGUAACAGAACUUUAUUUACAUUUAUGGGAUUGCGCUAUUGAUUAUAGGCCCCUGUAUCUUCCUAUGUGCUGUGUGAUCACAUUGGGCAAUUUAAGCAUUUCAAGUAAUAUAACGGCUCGUACAAAAACAUCAACGUUGAGAUUUAUCGCUGAGGAAACAAGCCUGUUUAUAUCGAAUAAAGUGAAAAAUAAUAAUUCCCCUCCGAAUUUGAAGGAAGAAUAUAUAUCUGUGAUUCAACUCGGCCUAUUUGAAUUAUCGCUUAGGAUAAGUGAUCAGGCGAAUAAUUCAAAAAUUGAUUUAAAGGCUUCAAACAACGUUCUUAACAUCAGAACUUGUUCAGAUUCAGCUUCUGCUCUAGCAAACUUAAUUAUUUAUUACGCUUUGGAGGGAGAUUUAAAAAAGAAAGAACGAAAGAACAAAGAUAAAAAAUCAACUCUGUCGAAGGAUAAAAGUGAAGAAAAAAGUACAAAUUGCCUAUCGGAAUCAGCCGCUGAAAGAGUCAAUGAUAUGAUGGAAGAUGCCAUGAAAGAACUUUGUGGACAAAGCAAUGUUUACAAAGAUGAUAUUAAUGAAAAGUUAGUGGAUGUGUUUUAUUUUCCUGGGGAAGGUGCGAGCCAAAAUUCCCAACCGAUCGAUUACGGUGAUUAUGACGAUUUCGAUCAUGAUUUCUGCAUUUUAGAGAACGAAUUUGGAGUUGGAUUAAUGAACAUGGACAACGGAAGACCGGAAAUUAGGUAUUUAAGCGAUAAAAAGAUUCAAAUAAAAGAAAAUCAUUUCAACGUCGGCACUGGAACAUCAGACCAGUUACUUUCUCCAAAAUGCUACCCGACUCCAGUUUAUAGGUAUACACUAUCAGAUAUGAACAUCGUUUGGCAUAUGUACGGUGGACGGGAUUUUGCAGAAAAAGAAUCUAGCAAAAAGAAUGUCAAAUUUAGUAGGGAACCUAGUCAUACCUCCGAUCCCGCUGAAUUGGAAAUCACCGGACUGAUGGAAGACAGGGGAAAUAUUCCUGAUGUUUUCUAUACACAAGAUACUCUUGUUAUUGGAAAUACAAUGGGCCCAAAGCAUGGAAAUAACAAAAAACAGCAAGCCAAUAACAUUCUUAAUUGGCAAUUGAAUGGAGGUGCAGGAAGGCAACAUAACGUCUUGAUGGAAUUUCAUUUUAACAAGGUUAAAUUUCAACAUGAAAUCUACCCAGAAAAUGCUCAACAAGCAUCUAGACAAGUACUUUUAAUACACGAAUUUGAGAUCAGGGAUAAGUUAUCGUCAUCACAAAUAAAUAAAUUUUUAUAUCAGUACUCAAGCGAAAGCAACCCUCGCCAAUCUCACGCAAAUAUGGUUUCUAUAAAAGCACUUCAUCUGAGACCUGAUUCUAGAAGAAAUAUUCAGGAGACAUGCUUAAAGGUUUCUCUUCUUCCUCUUAGGUUAAAUAUAGAUCAAGAUUCAAUGGAAUUUUUAGUUACAUUCUUCACUGAAUUGUCUGAUCUAACUUCAACCUGUGAUGAAGAAGGAGUGUCAAAACAUCCACAUUCGUUUCCAGUGAUGGUAAUCGAUGGUGAAACUAUUCAUCCUCUGAAUAAAGAUUCCGCUGAUCCGUCAGAUCUCAAUAACGGACAGAACAACGCUAACAGUGAUAUGGGAACUGCAAAUGGACAAGGUGGUUCACCGACCUUUAUUAGGAGUUUCCUGUUCUCGCCAGAAGUGCCUAUAAGAAUCGAUUAUGUUGGAAAGCACGUCGAUUUAACGCACGGCCCUCUAGCUGGUCUGUUUAUGGGAUUAGGACAAUUGAGCUGUUUACAAAUCAAACUGAAACGAAUAAAUUACAAACACGGGCUGCUUGGAUUUGAUAGGUUGCUUUCUUUUGCCAUCUCCGAAUGGCUGAAAGAUAUUAAGAAGACCCAAUUUCCAUGCAUUAUAGGCGGUGUUGGCCCUAUGCAUGCAUUAGUUCAAUUAUUCCAAGGAAUAAGGGACCUAUUUUGGCUUCCGAUUGAGCAAUACCAAAAGGAUGGAAGGAUUGUACGCGGCCUACAGAGAGGUGCAAAUUCUUUUACGACUUCUACAGCAAUUGCUGCCUUGGAGUUGACUGCAAGAAUAGUACAAGCAAUUCAGAGCAUUGCUGAAGCUGCGUUUGACAUGGUUUCUCCUGGGCCGAGUGUAAGGGGAUUGAACGGCACUAAUAAACAUAAAAAACAACACUUAUUUUCACAUCCUGCUGACAUUAGAGAAGGUGUUUCAAACGCAAUUACGCUUGUUAAAGAGGGACUUGGAGAAACCGCGGAGACUUUGGUCCGUGUCGCUAGUGCUGAGGCUGAACAAAAAGGUGCGGUCGGAGCUGUUGGAGGAGUUCUAAGGCAGAUUCCUCCGACUGUUGUCGCUCCUAUCAUUUUGGCAAGUGCAGCAACUUCAAACCUUUUAGACGGAGUUAGGAGUCAGCUGGCUCCCGAUACACAACGAGAAGCUACAAACAAAUGGAAACAAAAUAUUUCUGACAAAUAGCCAAAGACUUGUAUGUUUGUGGUGAUUUCUUGUUUUACAUAAAAUAGAAUUUUAAAUUAAUUAACAUUAAAAAAUUACUAUUAAAAAUUCGUAAGAUUACAAAGAGAAAAAGGAUAAAUAUAUCACUGUUGUGUAAAUGGUGAUUUCAAAGAACGUAUUUUUUCACCAUUCUUGUAUUUUCUUGGGAUUAUUUUUUCUUUUAAUGAUAAAUCAAUACUUUUGCAGCCAGGGAAAAUAGUUCAUGCCAUGGGAGGAAGAUAAUCAAUUACAAUCACACCCUUUAAAAUAAAAUAAUGUGGGCAAUUCAUGUCUUGUUGGGUUGAACUUCAAAAUAAAUUGUUACGUUCCCAAUUGAAUGAACUCCUCAUUAAUUAAUUUAUUAUAUAUAUUUUAAAAUUAAUAAAAAAAUGUCAAAUCAGUAAACAGGGUGGUAAUAUAAAUGUUAUCCGUGGGAUCUCAGUUGAAACAUUUUAUUUUGUAAUAUAUCAAAAUUUUCCAAUGUUAAAUUCUGCCUUAUCCUACUUGGACUAAAAGUCGCCAAUAAAAAGACUUGCAGGAUUUUUCUGAUUUUGAAACAUGUGCAAUUAAGGUUAAUUAUAGGCGGAGAGAGAGCAAGAGAAUUGAUUUUAAAACUAGCACUGUUUUUUUAAAUUUAGUUUUACAAGACUUGGUUUUUGGUAAAGUUUAAGUAUAAACAACUUUAGGAACUUUGCGCCGGUGAUUGUUUAAUUUUUACCAUAGUGCUAUAAAUUCCGUGUCUUCCCACAUUUAUUAAAUUUUACACAGAAAACACAAGAUUAUAAUAUCUGAACUUUGCCUAACAUUAUCUUAACUUUAGUCUUUCGUUGAAAAUUCGAAAAAUGUAUUGCAAAGUGGCCUAUUAUGCUUUGGAAGCACAACUUAUAAUCAUUAUUGCUAACCUAAGCAUAAUCGUUCACAAUUAUUAAGUUGAUAUGCUUUAUUUCGAGUGUAUAUCAAUGUGCAAAUUAUUUAACAAUUUACAAUAAUUAGUAUGCUAGCGCUUUGCUAUCAUCGUUAAUUUUUAAAAACGGCAUGAAAAACGUACUGAUUUGUGCAAUGAUUUUUUUUCAUACUGAUAUGAAAACAUUUAGUUGUAGAUGAUUUCAAUUAGCUUUACAGCAAUAACUGUUGAAACUCAUCACAUUGCAAAAAUUUUUUUUCUUAAAAUAAUCCUUGCUAAUUUUUUAGUAAUUCUGAUCAUGUUACAAAUAAUACAUAUGUACAGAAGAAAUGUGAUCAAUUGUGAUGUCCUAUAGAAUAAACAUUGUAGGGAUAGGUGAAACGAUACAAGUUUUUUCUUACUCAAAUUGUUUCUAAAAUAAAUGAGUAAAUAAUUUACAUAUAAUAUUUUUAUGAGGCUGUUUUUAUUAAUUCCAAUUUUCUGGAACUUGAAGUGCCACUAUUGCAUCCAAAAACAAAACUCUUAGGUGCAAUCAUUGCAAUAUUAAUUAAUAAACUUAAUAAAAGAAGAAAACAUAAAUGUGUUCUAUAUGAUGAUAUAUUAUGCUUUUCUUAUAAUUAAAUGUCAUCUGCAAUUGAUUAAUAUUGUAAUAAGGAAAUAUUUAUAAAUAAAAAUU